UCUCUCUAGCAAGCUUUCUCUCAGUAGAAAUGGGAAGGCUACCGAAGCACGAUAAGAUGGGCAUGAAGAAAGGGCCAUGGACGCCUGAAGAAGAUCUCAAGCUCUCUACUUUCAUUCUUCAAAACAACACCCAUGGCUCCUGGUCAACCCUCCCUUCUAAAGCUGGGCUGCAGAGAUGUGGGAAAAGCUGUAGACUAAGGUGGAUAAAUUAUUUGAGGCCAGAUAUCAAGAGAGGCGACUUCAGCUUACAAGAAGAGCAGUCUAUUAUUCAACUUCACGCCCUUCUUGGAAACAGAUGGUCCACCAUAGCAAGUCAGCUGCCAAAACGGACGGACAACGAGAUCAAGAACUACUGGAACACUCACUUGAAGAAGAAAUUGACCAAAAUGGGCAUCGACCCGGUCACUCACAUGCCCAACCACCAACAACCUAAGUACUUCACCAAUCUUUGCCAUGUGGCGCAAUGGGAGAGCGCCCGACUCCAAGCCGAGGCUCGGCUCUCAAACCCUAAUUGCGCAGCAAAGGCUCCGCCACCGCCUCCGCGAUGUUUGGACGUGCUCAAAGUUUGGGUAGAGGCAAAUCCCGGCAUAGAAAUUUCCAACGCGAUGUUUAAUGGGUUUUUGGCUUCUAACGAUCAACCACAAAACUCCACGGGCAAUCAUCGUGAUGAUUGGGUCAAGGGCACAAUGAAGAAUUCGCAUAAAAUUGAGGAGCAUACGUAUCCUGACACUAAUUACUUCAUUGAGGAGGGCGAUGAUCUUUUUUCGUGUUGGAAUGUUCUAGAAGAUGGCCACCUUAAUUGUUGGGAUUGUCUUUAAAUCACUGUUAUUGCAUGUUCUAAUUAGGUUAAUUUGUAGCUGGAUUAUUAGUUAUAGAGGAUGUUAAAUGAUGUUUGUGGGUCGUGAG